AUGGCUCGAUCGAAGAAACUGGUCAUACGAGACCCACCCCCACCGCCGGUACGAAGGAGCAACCGCCGGCGAGCCACCACCUCUGCUUCACGACAGACGCAAGAGCCUCAAUGGAUGGACCUCACCACCAACAGUCCAUCGGAAUCUCCACCCGCUUCACCAUCAUCACCACGCCCGUCGAUAGUUACUCCUCUCAUCGCCGACUCCUCGCCUAAGGUUAGGCGAGCACCUAGGCGACCUCCGUCGCUAACCGCCGUUGAUUCGCCUCCAUCUCCGUCACUAGCAACCAUCGACAUCCAUUCACCGCCUCUGCCUACUCUCGCCGACACCACUCCGACAACCUUCACAGCAGGUGCAAACCCUAAAUUGGGUCCUGAGGUAAACCUUAACUUUAGCCCUAAUUCUUUAUUGGAGGGCCUUACAACCUCUGAUUCCUCUGUGGAGGAAGAUGAUUUGAUGGCCAUUUCGUCACCAUCACCUACUAAUUUGAAUGAGGCCACAGUCUAUCUUUUGACUUGGUAUGAUCAGCCUUGCACCCACUCGCCUGAACACACUGUGAUCAACAACUCUGCUCUUCACACUGUUGAGGAAAACAUUGAGUGUGAGACUAAUCCACCAACUGUUAAGGAAGGAUCUGUGGAAUUUGUUCACUUUGCACAGACAGUUGAAGACCAUUUUGAGUUUGAUAUUGGUACACAUUCGGUUGGAGAGGCCAACACUGAGUUCCCAACAGGGGAGAUAGACUUAGAAGCUGAUCUUAGGGGUAGGACAUCUAUACCCACUAAGAAAAGAAAAGGCCUAGGGAGAGUCUUCACAACAAAAUCCAAACCUGUGGAAAGACAGCCCACGAGAAAACGGGCCAACCGGACUCCUACACCUUUGGAACCACCACGCAAAUCAUCCUGA